CAUAGUGGGCUGGCAAUGUCCAAAAAUGCCAGGGCCAUUUUUUGGUCCCAGUCCGGCCCCUCCUCCUUGGUGUGGCCCAUCCAGCUCAGCUUUAUAAAGUGCAUUAGGGGACGGAGCUCUCAUCCAGAUCUCAGGAGACGCAGCCAGGACAGCCAAGAUGAGAGCGUGUGUGUUGCUGAUCUUGGCCUUGUUUGGUGCGCUAAAGAGCUCCAAGACAGGCCUUCCUGGUAUAUGCAGCCGGUCUUUAUGCAAACAUGGGAAACUACAAAUCUUUUGGAGACACCAAGUUCAUCCCGAACCUACCAAAGCCAGUCAUUCAAGGAGCAGCCCGGCGAGAUGGAGGCCCUGUGUGACAGCUGCUCCUCCGCCCUCUUCUCCCUGGAGGAUAAACAGAAACAGCUGGGGCUGGGCAGCAAGGGCAUCACCACCUACUUCUCAGGGAACUGUGUUCUGGAGGACGCUGAGCUGGCCCAGAAGUUCCUCGACUCCCAGGCCCAUGCUGCCAGUGAGAACCAGAAGAAGAUGCUGGAGGGAUACCGGCGAAGCUUCACUUUCGGCUCCAUCGCACACAAGGAAGGCUCGCGCUUCUGGAUCAAAGACAAGGGGCCAACCGUUGAGAGUUACAUAGGUUUCAUAGAGAGCUACAGGGACCCCUUUGGCUCCAGGGGAGAGUUUGAAGGCUUCGUGGCAGUGGUGAACAAGGCCAUGAGCGAGCGCUUCGCCAAGCUGGUGAGCUCGGCCGAGGUGCUGCUGCCCGAGCUGCCGUGGCCCCGGGACUUUGAGAAGGACACCUUCCUCAAGCCGGACUUCACCUCGCUGGACGUGCUCACCUUCACCGGCAGCGGCGUCCCCGCCGGCAUCAACAUCCCCAACUAUGAUGACAUCAGACAGUCGGAGGGCUUCAAGAACGUGUCGCUAGGCAACGUUCUGGCUGUAGCCUAUGUUACUCAGAAAGAGAAGCUUACCUUCCUGGAGGAGGACGACAAGGAUGCUUAUAUUAAGUGGAUGUUGCCGUCGUUCGAGAUGCAGGGUGGGCUUCAUGAGCUGCUGGGCCACGGCAGUGGCAAGCUGUUUGUUCAGGACGAUCAGGGCAAAUUCAACUUCGACCAGAACACUUUGAUCAACCCAGUGACCGGAGAGAAGGUGACCAGUUGGUACCGCGGCAACGAGACGUGGGACAGCAGGUUCUCCACCAUCGCCUCGUCCUAUGAGGAGUGCCGUGCCGAGUGCGUUGGCCUCUACCUCUGCCUCAACAAGCUCGCCCUCAGUAUCUUCGGGCACGAGGGCCAGGAUGCCGAGGAUGUGGUGUACAUCAACUGGCUGUACAUGGUGCGCGCUGGCCUGCUGGGCCUGGAGUUCUACACCUCGGAGAGCAGCAGCUGGAGACAGGUAGGGGACGGGCAUCACCUCCUCUAUCGUCAUGAGGAUCAGCUGAUGUUUACCCAUGCAUACAGCGGAUUCAUCAUGUGCCCCUUACUUCUAGGAGGCGAGGCCGUGGAGCUGGUGGAGUACGAGGGCAGUGCGGCGGGUCUGAUCCACUCCUUCACCGAGCGCUUCCAGGAAGAUGCAGAGCAGCUGGAGGCAGACCUCCUGGAGCUCAGCAAGAGGGACUCCCCCUGCUGGUGCCAUUAGCGGCCGCUUACAGACGCUUCCUUCUAAAGGGCAUAAUCAGUGGUGUAGUCUACGUGAUACGCAGGUAUACGCUGUAUACCCACUAGGAACGCACCAGGAUUUGCGUAUACCCGCUUAAAAAUGUGCACAGAUACGUAUCAAUCGUCUUGUGACAGAUCUUUCACUUCU